CUUGGAUUUGCCAAGGGUAUCAAAUAAGUUCCCUCAUUUCAGUGCCCGCCAGUCGUGCAAAUUUCCAAUUCCGUUUCUUUUUCUCUCUUCUUUCUCACCAUUCAAUUUCCAUCUUCCAUCAGUCUCUCACAAUUUCCACAUUCCUUUUUUUUUUUUUCGAUUUUUUGUUUGAAUUUUUUUUUCUCGAAAUGCCGAUUACACCCUAAUCCUCAUCGGUUUAAAUACUUAAACAAGGUUUGUUUCUUCUCCGACUCUAUUUUGGCAUUUUCUUAUCUCCUUUCUGUGUCUCUGGGUCUGUAAAAAUUGUGGAAGAAUUGGGAAAAAUCUGGGGGAAGAAAAAUGGCUUCCAACAUUGGGAUUAUGGACAGUGCUUACUUUGUUGGGAGAAAUGAGAUUUUGACGUGGAUCAACAAUCGCCUUCAGCUGAAUCUCUCUCGCAUUGAAGAGGCUGCAUCUGGUGCUGUACAAUGUCAAAUGAUGGAUAUGACCUAUCCUGGUGUUGUUCCAAUGCACAAGGUCAAUUUUGAUGCGAAAACAGAAUAUGAUAUGAUCCAGAAUUAUAAGGUUCUACAGGAAGUAUUCAACAAAUUAAAAAUUGCAAAGCAUCUUGAAGUCAAUAGGCUUGUCAAAGGCAGGCCUUUGGACAACUUGGAAUUCUUGCAAUGGCUGAAACGUUACUGUGAUUCCGUAAAUGGUGGCAUUAUGAAUGAAAACUAUAACCCUGUGGAGCGAAGGAGUAAGGGUGGGAAGGAUCGGCAUCCCAAAGGUGCUCAGAAAAUCUCAAAAUCUCUGCAAUCAAGCAAUUUACAUAACCCUGGCUCUGGAGAUACAGUUGGUCUUAAUAAGACCUCAGGACCAAAGCAAGGGAGACCUUAUGCAGCUGCAGCCGGUGCCAAUUCUUCAGAAGUUCAGGCUUUGUCUAAGGAGAUUACAGAUCUCAAGCUAUCUGUGGACCUUUUGGAAAAAGAAAGGGACUUUUACUUUGCAAAAUUAAGGGACAUUGAAAUUCUUUGUCAGACAUCGGAGUUGGAGGAUAUCCCGAUGUCGGUGGCGGUAAAGAAGAUAUUGUACGCAGCUGAUGCGAAAGAAUCACCACUUGCUGAAGCGCAGGAGUACCUCUACCAAACGCUAAACGUCGGUGAAGCCGAAGAUGAAACCGAAGCAGAAGCUGAAUCCGAAACAGAAACCGGUCAUUGAGUUUUGAGGCCAACAUUGUAGGCCAUUGCCUGUGCUACAAACUAGCGUCUAAACGGGACGAUGAAUUAGCGGUCUCUGUCCGGGAAAUGAACAACUUAUGCCCUCUCGUAUGUGUGCUGAAUUGUGCUAGGCCUUCUAGCUUUUGUCAAAUAAACUAACUUCUCUUGAAAGUACUUUUGGACGACUUUUGAUGUUUGAUAAGCAACUAUUAGUUUGUGCA